UUUCUCACAGUUUGUUAAGGAAGGUUAGUCUGUAAGAUUGGAGAGAGAGAGAGAGAGAGAGCGAGGGUCAAAGUGAUAGACAGAGUGGGGUUAUCAUAUCAUAUAUUAUCAAUACCGGUAUGUUUUGGAUUUACUACUAACAAAGUAAUUGUGCCUUUGAUGCUGAGAGUUGUUUCUGCUUUGUUUGCUUUUAAUUAUAUCUUUAACAAACAGUGUCACCGAGAGAGAGAGAGAGAGAGAGAGAGGGUUAGGUCUUUUGAGUUUGAGUUCUUUCAUGUUUCCUGGGAGUAUUUUGACUCUGCUUUCUCUCUAUUCUGUGUUGAUUUUUUGAGAAAGCCCUUUUCUUUAACAUUGUUUUUUUUUCAGUGUCUUGUGGGGUUGUGAGCUUCCUAAUGAAAGUUUGAGGAUCUGGGUUCUAGGAUUUGAUCCCUUUUACUCUCGAUCUUUUUUGGGUUUUCUUCAAAUUUGUUGUUUUUGCUGUCUAUAUGUGUGAUUUUCCCUGUUCCCAAACUAAUUGAAUAGCAUUUUUGUUGUGGGGCUUUCACUAAAAAGGUCUUAAUUUUGGGUUUGGAUUCUAGUUUUUCAUCAUCACAUUUACUUGGUGUCCAAAAAUAGAUCUGUGAAUUUUUGGGUUUUCUUUGAUCUGAAUUGCUUUCAUGCAUAUGUCCAUAUGGAAACCCAUUUCCCACUGCGCUGCUCUGCUAUUGGACAAGAAGAGCAGAAAAAAAUAUGGGUCUGAUUCUGCUUCCGAAACCAAGAAGAACUCAUCGGUUCUCAGGAAAUUACAAGAGAACAAGCUCAGGGAAGCUCUUGAAGAAGCUUCUGAAGAUGGGUCUCUCUUCAAAUCCAAAGACAUGGAGUCUGAGGCUAACCAAGAAGAGAGCUUGGGGAGGUCUCGUUCGCUUGCCAGGCUCCACGCCCAGCGUGAAUUCCUCAGAGCCACUGCACUCGCCGCAGAGCGUACUUUUGAGUCUGAAGAUGCCAUUCCUGAUCUCAAUGAGUCUUUCUCAAAGUUUCUCACUAUGUAUCCCAAGUACAAGUCCUCAGAGAAGAUUGAUCUGCUGAGGUCAGAGGAGUACUCUCACUUGUCCCCAAAGGUAUGCCUUGAUUACUGUGGGUUUGGCUUGUUUUCUUAUGUUCAAACUCUUCAUUAUUGGGAGUCUUCUACGUUUAGCUUGUCUGAAAUUACUGCAAAUUUGAGUAAUCAUGCGCUAUAUGGCGGUGCGGAGAGAGGGACUGUUGAGCAUGAUAUAAAGACUAGGAUUAUGGAUUAUUUGAACAUCCCUGAGCAUGAGUAUGGCCUUGUUUUUACUGUGAGUAGAGGGUCUGCUUAUAAAUUGUUGGCCGAGUCAUACCCUUUUCAUACGAACAAAAAAUUGUUGACAAUGUUUGAUUACGAGAGUCAGUCUGUGAAUUGGAUGGCUCAGAGUGCUAGAGAAAAAGGAGCUAAAGUGUAUAGUGCAUGGUACAAAUGGCCAACCUUGAAAUUGUGCUCCACUGAUUUGAGGAAGCAAAUUUCUAGUAAGAAGAGGAGGAAGAAGGAUUCUGCUGUGGGUCUUUUUGUGUUUCCUGUUCAGUCUAGAGUUACUGGGGCUAAGUAUUCAUACCAAUGGAUGGCACUAGCACAACAGAAUAAUUGGCAUGUCUUACUUGAUGCUGGGUCAUUGGGUCCCAAAGACAUGGAUUCACUUGGGUUGUCCCUAUUCCGACCGGAUUUCAUUAUCACAUCAUUUUACAGGGUAUUUGGAUAUGAUCCAACUGGUUUUGGAUGCCUUCUGAUCAAGAAAUCAGUGAUGGCAAGCCUUCAAAGUCAAUCUGGAUGUACUGGGGCUGGAAUGGUGAAGAUUACCCCGGAAUAUCCUUUGUAUCUGAGUGAUUCUAUGGACGGUUUGGAAAGAUUGGCUGGAAUAGAAGAUGAUGAAGUUGCUGGGAAUGGUGAGAAAACAUCUGAAACUCGCCAGGGAACACAGCUGCCUGCCUUUUCUGGUGCAUAUACAUCUGCCCAGGUGAGGGAUGUGUUUGAGACUGAGAUGGAUCAUGAUAACAGCUCUGACAGGGAUGGGACAAGCACAAUAUUUGAAGAAACUGAGAGUAUUUCAGUUGGGGAGGUGAUGAAGAGCCCAGUUUUCAGUGAAGACGAGUCAUCAGACAACUCGUACUGGAUUGAUUUGGGUCAGAGUCCAUUGGGGUCUGACAAUUCAAGCCAACUAAACAAACAGAAGGUGGCCUCUCCCUUACCACCUUUUUGGUUUACUGGCAGAAAGAACCACAAGCAGCUAUCCCCAAAACUCUCCUCCAAGGUAUAUGGUAGCCCAUUAUAUGACGACAAGGAGGUUAGCCUUGGGCCUCAUGAUGACCACCAUGUGCUAUCAUUUGAUGCUGCUGUCAUGUCAGUUUCCCAGGAACUGGACCGUGUCAAGGAGAUCCCUGAAGAACUAUUUGCAGAGACAAACCCCACUGCUGGAAAUUGUGGAAAGUGUUUUGAUCGUGUUCAUGUUCAGGAGAUCCAAGAAGAACUUGCAAGUAGCAAACCCCUUUCUACUGGGUCUAAGUCCAAGUCUCUGGUGAAUGGGGUGAAUGGAUCCCAUGUCAACAUAUCAAACUACUUUCUUUAA